UAAUUUACUAGAAUUGCUUUUGAAAUCAUGGCAGGUGAAAAUUCUUUAAUGGCUCUCGUUGGAGUAAUAGUAGCUGCCAUUGAGCAACCAAUAAUAGCCAUUGGGCAAUGUUUAUGGGUCCCACUCGGACGUCAAUUCAGCUACGUAAAAAAUCUUGAAAAAAAUUUUGGGAAGCUGAAAGAGAAAGAGAUAGAUCUCUACAACAAAAGAGAGGAUGUAAACAGAGAGAUUAACAGAGAUAUCAUAUCAAAAAUGCCGACAGCUGACUGUCAAGCUUGGCUUCAGAAGGUGGGAGAAAUUUUGGAAAAUAAAGUCAAAGCCAUAGAACCAGAGUUUCAAGAAAAUAAGCGUUGCAUUGGUACACUUUGCCCCAACAUUUGGUGGAAAAAGAGACUGGGUAAGAAAAUUGUGAAAAUGAUUGAUGACAUUGUUAAUCUCAUGGACGACUACUCAAAGUUUUCAGGAAGAUAUGUGGUUGAGGCACCUCCACAGUCAGUUGAGCCAAUUCCUGCACUAGCUAUGGAAGGCAAUAAUAGUACAUCAAUUGAUCGUACUGUCCAGAAGAUAUUAAGAUGCAUAAGGGAUGAUGAUAAUCAUAAAAUUGGCAUAUGGGGUAUGGGUGGAGUUGGGAAGACAACUUCAAUGAAGGUCCUAAACAAUUCACCCGAAAUAACAGGUAUGUUCCAAAUGGUUAUUUGGGUAACUGUGUCCAAAGAUGGAGGGGGAGAUAUAACAAGAAAGGUACGAAAGGAUAUUCUAAAGCGUCUGUCAUUGCAGUUUGACGAUGAUGAGUCUGUUGAAAGAACCGCCAGUAGAAUUUUUCAAGGAUUGAGAAAUACCAAGUAUUUGCUGCUUCUAGAUGACUUAUGGCAACGAAUGGAAUUGGAUAUUAUAGGAAUCCCCAACCCAAGCAAAGAAAAUGCGUGCAAAUUGAUAAUAACAACUCGGUCAAAGGAUGUCUGUAAUAGAAUGGAGAUUGAUAAGGCAAUUAAAGUUGAAGUCUUAUCUAAAGAAGAGGCAUGGAACUUGUUUCGUGAAAAGGUUGGCGGCAACAUUGUGGAUUCAUCAUCAGAGGAUAUAAGAGAAAUAGCUACAAAGGUCGUUCGAGAAUGUCGAGGUUUACCACUUGCCAUUAUUGUAAUUGGAGGGUCGUUGAGAAAUAAGAAUGACCCAAGUGAAUGGAGAAAUGCGUUGAAGGAGUUGAGGUCGAAUAAGUACGAAAUGAUUGAUGAUGUGGAAGAAUCUGUGUUUAAGAAAUUGAAGUUCAGUUACGACCAAUUAAAAAGCAACAAUAUCAAGAAGUGUUUUCUAUACUGUGCUUUAUACCCAGAGGACUAUCAGAUUGAAGUAACAGAACUUGUAGAACAUUGGUGGUCAGAGGGUUUCAUUGAUGAUGAUGGUGGUGAUUUUUUAAGGUUGGAUGAGGCAUAUGAUAAAGGGCAUGCUAUAUUAAAUUACCUAAAAGAUGUUUCAUUGUUGGAAGGAGUAUUUGAUCCUUUUGGGAGGCUGGAAGUCAAGAUGCAAGAUGUGAUUAGAGAUUUGGCAUUAAUAAUCACAUCAUCAGCGUCAUCAUCAUCAUUAAUGUCUGCUAAAUUAUUAAUGGUACCUGCUGCAGAGGAGGAGGAGGAUGGUAAUCAUCAGUUCUUGGUUCGAACCAAUAUGGGAGGAGGAAUACAAGAGGAGCUCUCAAUCACAAAUGAGGAAAAUUGGGGACAGUUCCAAAGGAUCUCAUUGAUGUGUAAUAAUAAAUGUCACAUUAAUCUACCUGAGAACCCCACAUCUCUCUCACUUGUGACAUUAUUUUUGCAGCAUAAUAGAAGCUUGACUAGAAUUCCAGAAUUAUUCUUCGAGCAUAUGCACAAUCUUCGAGUUUUGGAUCUAUCAGACACUGAUAUCAGGGAGUUCCCAUCUUCUGUUUCCAAUUUAGUAAGCCUUCGAGGAUUAUUUCUUCUCAAUUGUUCCUCUUUGGUUACUUUGCCAUCCCAAAUAGGGAAUCUUAAAAAACUUCAAGUGCUUCAUUUAGGAGGCAGUUAUGGCAAGUUUGAGUACUUACCUAUUGAAAUUCAGCAGCUUACACUCCUUAGAAGUCUGCAAGUGUCAUUUUAUCGAAUACCAGGUGGGAAUCGACUGAUGGUUCCAAAUGGGAUUAUAUCAAGGCUCUCUCUACUUGAAAACUUGAGCAUCCAUGUACAUCAUCAUUCUCCCAAGUUUGGAGAAAGUAUUGGGGAAGAGGUGGGUAGCUUAAAGCAACUAACUCAACUACUGAAGUUUCAUUUUACAUCAUUGGAAAGUUUUGAGCAUUUUCUACGUGGAAGUUGUCCAUGGAAAAAUCAAACCCUCAAGUCAUUUCGAUUCAUUGUGCACUUUGAAAAGGAGGCUCGAUUCUACGACACUACUAUACCUGUUUUUAAAGAAGUAUCAAAUAUGCGAAAUUUACAUCUGUUAGGAGGUAAUUACACACCCAGCAGCAGCACUGUAUUUGAAGAGGUACUCCAUCAGGUCAAUGGUUUCCAUUUACUAGGCCAUCAGACUUGUCAAGGGCUAUUGGAUUUUGGGUUGGACAACUUAAAUCACCUGAAACUAUGCGUUGUUAGCGGAUGCGAGAUGAUGGAAAACUUCAUCAAUGGAAAUGAUUUAACUACUACUUCAACAACAACCACACCUUGUGCAGUUUUACCAAACUUGGAAUACUUGCAAGUUGAAGAAAUGCCAACUAUGAGGGCCAUUUGGGAAGGACCAAUGCCACCAGGAAGCUUCAGCCGUUUAGCAACUUUGCAAAUCAGUUAUUGUGCAAACCUGAGAGAGAUUUUCACAAGGGGCAUAUUCCAACAACUUCCAAAUCUUGAAGUACUUGAUGUCAGUUACUGUGAUACCGUCCAAGUAAUAGUAGUGAACGAAGAAGAGGAAGCAGAAGAAGAAGAUCAUGAUGAUGAUGAUGAUGUUGCUCUUUUCCCAAAAUUGAAAAAUCUCACUCUUGAGAGACUACCCAGACUAGAAAGGAUUUGGAAAACAGUUUCUUUUCAUCCCAUGGCGCCAUCCUUUGAAACGAUAACAGUUAUCAAAUGUCCAAAUCUGAAGAGUCUGCACCCUUUGAGUUUGGGGAUGAUUCAGCAGCAAAAUGGAUCAUUAUCUACAUCCAGCAGUACUACUCUAAUAAGGAGGAUUGAGGGAUCAACCCAAUGGUGGGAAGCAUUGGAAUGGGAACAUGAUGAGAUCAAACAACUACUCCAACCUCUUUUCAAUAGGUUGUACUAA